AUGAUACACACUGAAAAUGAUGGCUGCAGACAGUUUUCAUUUUAUCUCUCCAUUGUCGCUAGCUGUAACGAAACUUGCACUGUUCAAACGCGAAUGAUGAUUCAAAUGGAACGUGUUCAUGAAUUGCUAGAUACCCAACAAGACCAUCUUCAGCUACAGGCUACACCAUCAGAAGUAUUACCAGCAACUCUACAGCAAACCCCUAGAGCACUAUCGCCUCUCCAAAACGAUAUUUUUUUAAAGAGCGCAGCACCGUUUCUCUCUGAUACUGCAUCCCUUACUGGCAUAUCACAGAUUUCAUUUAAUAGUCAAUACGUGACUUCAACUGACGAUGAGGCAAGUGGAUAUAGUUAUCAAACUCAGUCGCUAGAUAUGAAUUUAGAAGGUCAGACUGGUGCAGACAAAAAAGCUGGUAGCGAGAAAUGGGUUAAAAGCAUCAUUGACGCUCAUAUAUCAGAAGAGGAAGCAGAACCCAAUGAUUAUAAUAGCGUGAAUGCAUCCCGUAGGUCUGUCGUUGCAUUACCUGCGCAUCCUUCACAAGAUGCCAAUAAUGCUUUAAAGACAAGUACAAGUGAUCCGACUCAGACAUUAGUAGAUGAUCCUGUUCCAUUUAUUCGGCAGAUAAUCCCUCCAAAUGUGAAAACUGUUCAAGCAGGAUCUGAUGUCGUGAAACCCUCAGAUGAUGGUGAUUUUACAGCGCAAAGGAGUUCAACCCACAAGCGGGUGACAAUCUUGACAUCUACAGCUCAGCAAGCAUCCAAUACAAAAAUACAAACCAAACUACCCACACCCAUAUUUAUUGCUGGUACAAUGCCACAAACAAGUAAAGGCCAAUCUUCUUCACCAAGUAUUACUCUUAGUGCGACUUCUAGGCCACUAUAUCCUGCAUCGCCAAGCAAAUCUAUCGCUGCUACAAAUUUUUCGAGAUUGGCAUCCAAAGCAACGGCAUUUUCAAUGCCAAAGCAAAACCGUCCGCUCCAAUCUGUAUCCAAAUCUCAAGCUUCAGUUUCUCCAAAAAUUUCCACGACUGAAAAUAUAGUAAAUACAUCAACUCUCAAGAAAGAUGACCUAAUAGAAGAACUGCAUUCUACAGAGGAAAAUAUCAGGACAUCUUUAUGUCAAAAUUCAAAUGAUGCACCAGAUAACCAGUCUAUAUUGAGAGCAAGCCAAAAUAAGCCAUUGCUUGGUAUCUCAAUUGAUUCAAGCAACUUGGCUUCGCCGCUUUCUGUAAGUACAAAAACACCUCGAGCAUCUACAGUAAUGUCUCCAGUAAUGUCUCCAGAAACCAAAGAGAUUCAGCAUGUUCUUGUUGCAUUAAAGGAGCACGAUCGUGCAAUAAGGGCACUUCAAUUCGCUGUAGCAGAAAUUGAUGCAAUUCAAAGUUCAUCUAGUCUGCGCGGUAGUAUUCCAAGCGCUAGCGGAAACACUGUAUCCAUCACUACAGAUGCUGCAAAUUGCGCCAUAUCGUCCACAUCAAGCUCCUCUGAUACAUCUAAAUCAGCAGCAAUCGUAAAAAUGCCCAUGACGCAUAUCGAAACUAGCAUGUCAGAAGCUAUGCAAAAUGCAUUUGAAGAGCGCAUGAAUUCUAUAUUAUCAAGAAUGCAGAGUAUGGAAGCUAGUUUACAAAAUUUGCAGUCGCAAUCUAAUAUAUCGCGUAAUGAGCCACCACAGUCAAGCUUGAUUCCAGAUACUAAUCAAGUAAAGCCUAGUAACACUGAUGCUCAUAUUUUAGAAACCUUUGCAUGUACUGAUCAUCCAGUGCUUGAAAAUAAGGUCAUUAAUCUCGUUAAUGCAGUGACGCAAACACAACCCUAUGAACCACCCCGUAUUGAAUCUGAAACUCUGACCAGUUUAUCAAACGAUUUUACUGUAAACCAAAUCCAAACAGCCAAAGUUGAAACUCAAAUCGAUAAUGUCUUACAACCAACAAAUCAAGAUGGUAUAUCCCUCCCCACUUCACAUCAGUCUAAUAGUAUUUUAGAGCAUCCACUUCAGUCUCCUAUCGUUGAAAAUGAACGCAUCACCCCAUCUCUCAGCAAGAAAGUACAAAUCAAAAAAGAUCUUGAAACUCGAGUUUCAUUACUUGAAACCCUUUUAUCCAAAAAGGAAAAUGCUACCAGUCAUCACAAGCAUCAUUUGAGUACCGCGACAACACCACAUACAACGCCCAUUGAUGCAGCACUUACCCAGCUUGAAUCACUUCGCCAUAGUAUUAUAGAAAAGGUAUCCCCAAAACGCCCAGCCACUAUCUAUACUGCAUAUCACAACUCGUCCAGUCAGCGUAACUCUUGUUCAAGGAAUACACCUUAUGAAUGUGUACCAGACACUUGCUUCAAAAACGAAUACCAAGGUGAUCAGCCAAUUGUUGUUCAAAUCGUACCUGAACUUCGGGGACUUUCAAAUUCAUCUGGUGCUGAUCGUGAGGUUGGCAAAGACACAAUAUCUGUCAUUAUAUCCAAAAUAGAGCAAUUGGAAAAACUCAUUGUAUCUAAUAACGUUCAUAAAAAAAACAACGCGAUAUAUAGGCCAGUUCAUCUGCAAACCUAUCAACGAAACAGUUUAGCCAAAGGACUUUCUGAGCACAAAAACCAACACGUUUUAUCCAACGCAUCUCCAACUGUCACAAGUAAAACAGAACCCGAUUCACAUCAAACACCAUCUGCACAUCAAAUUGUGGAUCAACCAACUUUAGUAACUGUUAUGAAUAAUGAAAAAGAAAAGGUACAAUAUACUGAGUGCGUGGAGCAAAUCAAAAAACUUGGCAUUGAUCAUGAAAAGCUACAAUUUUUAGUUUUUGAGCUGCGGGACUUGAUCAAUAACUCGGCUAAUAAUAUCACUACAUCAAACCCAGUUAUUGAUUUAGCGAAAACACAAACUUUUCUUGGAUCAACAAACACUGAGUUGCUCAACCACCCUAACCCUUCACCGCAGCCCAUAUCUAUCCAGUCACAACAAAAUAACGUCAAAGAAAAUAUUCAAAGUGUCAACACACUUUCGCAUACAGUCAAUGUCAAUCGUCUAGUAAAAGUAGUGCGUCAGUUACAAAAAAAGUUGGCAAGAAAAGUCGACAUAUCAGUAUUGGAAGAACUCUCUCGCCAUAUUGCAACACGCGACGAACUCAAAAGAGUGUCAGAAAAAAGAUUAAAAAAUUCUGGAGUGAAACGAAUCGUUGAUGGCAAGCUUAUUGCUGUGCACAAAGAACUUCAAAUAUUGAACCAAAAAAUAAUUGCUAUCCCAUCUUGCUCGCACAAUCAAAAACAGAUUGGAAACUCGUCAUAUUUAGAAUCAAAACAUACAGAAGAAACCAUUCAAAAGAUUGUUAAUCUAAUGCUACAGGAUCAUAAAAUCUCCAUCACCAAUAGUAUUGAUACCAAGCAAGCAAAAAUCAAACAAGAAAUUUUUGACGCACUAUCAACGGUAAACAGCGCAGCAUCAGCAGCCAUGACAUUAGAAAAAUCAAUAGUGCAAGUAGAAAGCAAGUUACGACAUGAUAUCAAGGCAUGGACCAAAAAACAAAUCAAAACAUUUAUAGAUGAGAAUCGACCAUUUCAAACCAAGCAGGAUACACUCAUAAAAGAGCAGAUGGCAGAAUUGGCAAGAAAUCAUGUCGAGAUUGUGUGGAACGACAAAUUGAAAUUGAUGGAGCAAAACCAUGAUGAAUAUGAGGAAAUCCACAAUAUAUCAAAACGACUGACACGAGAGUUUGAUGAAAAGCUUUUUCUACUUUGUUCAGAUCUUAGCGAAUGCAAAUCUCUAUUUUCUAUGCAGGUAUCUCAGCCAUUUUACAGAUGUGCUCAAUGGUUAUGGAAUUGCGGAUCGUUGAAAAUGGGUAGUGGUAUCCCAUGGAACUGCCAAACUGUCAAUACAGAACCAGAAAAUUUCAAAUGGAGUCAAGAUCAGGUUCAAUUGCGGAUAACAGAUGCUGGUCUAUACGAAAUUACAUUGGCAAUAUUCACAAAAUCUAAACCCUCCAUACAAUUGGUAGUGAACGGAGAAUCAGUUCUUUCAGCGAUUAACUCCCCCUCAUAUGUUGUACACCAUUCAUCUGGAUUUGUUGUAGAUGGCAACGGUAAAUUAGAGCCUGGAACAGUGACUGGUAUUAGUCUUGUGGAUUUCCUAGCAUUACCCGCCAAAAGCACUUUGUCGAUUCACUACCACGGCGUUCGUAAGCAAGUGUCGCUAGGUCAUGGAUUUGUUGGGCUACGUAGAUUAUAA